GGCGCAGGAGCGGGCGUGGCGCGCGGCCCCCCGCGGCACUGGUGGCCCGGCGCCUCCACCACGCGGACCCUCCGGUCCCUCCGCACCUGGUAGGGGCAGCGCCGGGGGCCGUCCCGCGGCCCGCUUCCCUCGCAGUGACCGCCGCCGAGACCUGGGGCCGGGCGGACGGAGCUGAUGGCUCAGUAACCGAGGACAAGCUUGUUACCCACAGACACCCCAUCUUCAAGGAGUGACGGGUCCCCGCUGGCAGCCUAGCCUGAGGCAGACAUGGCGUUGAUCCCAGAAUCCACAACCGGGUUCCUGCUGUUGGCUGUGACAGGCAGCACCGUGCCCGAGCUGCCUGGUGGCCCCAAUGUGUCCCUCAACAGCUCCUGGACCAACUCAGUGGAGCCCAGUUCCCUGCAGGACCUGGUGGCCACAGGCGUCAUUGGGGCAGUGCUCUCGGCCAUGGGCAUGGUAGGCAUGGUGGGCAACAUAUACACACUGGUGGUCAUGUGCCGCUUUCUCCGAGCUUCGGCCUCCAUGUAUGUCUAUGUGAUCAACCUGGCCCUGGCUGACCUGCUGUACCUGCUCAGCAUCCCCUUUAUCGUGGCCACCUACGUCACCAAGGACUGGCACUUCGGCGAUGUGGGCUGCCGUGUCCUCUUCAGCUUGGACUUCCUGACCAUGCACGCCGGCAUCUUCACCCUGACCAUCAUGAGCAGAGAGCGCUACGCGGCGGUGCUGAGGCCUCUGGCCACGGUGCAGCGCUCCAAGGGUUACCGCAAGCUGCUGGUCCUGGGCACCUGGCUGCUGGCCCUGCUUCUGACUCUGCCUGUGAUACUUGCCAUCCGGUUGGUCCGCAAGGGCCCCAAGAGCCUCUGCCUGCCGUCCUGGGGCCCUCGCGCCCACCGGGCCUACCUGACACUUCUCUUCGGGACCAGCAUCGUGGGGCCUGGCUUGGUCAUCGGGCUGCUCUACGUCCGCCUGGCCCGGGCCUACUGGCUGUCACAGCAGGCUUCCUUCAAGCAGACACAGCGGCUGCCCAAUCCCAGAGUGCUCUACCUCAUCCUCAGCAUCGUCCUGUUCUUCUGGGCCUGCUUCCUGCCCUUCUGGCUGUGGCAGCUUCUCGCCCAGUACUGCGAGGCCCUGCCACUCACACCCCGGACCGUGCGUGUCAUCAACUACCUGACCACCUGCCUCACCUAUGGCAACAGCUGUGUCAAUCCCUUCUUCUACACAUUGCUCACCAAGAACUACCGCGAGUACUUGCGUGGCCGUCAGCACUCGCUGGGCAGCAAUGGCCCGGGGCCCAGAGGCAUCGGCAGCUUCCCCCCCAGCCGAGUCCACUUCCAGCGCGACUCAGGUCGCUCACUGUCCUCUGGCAGCCAGCGGGCCACUGAGACCCUACCCUGGUCUGGAAAGUUCCCAGCUCUCUCUUCCUUGUUGUUCACGUCACCUCCACCAGCGUCUUCCCCACAAUGCCAAGGUACUCCUCCUCGCGUCUGUCUCUGAGGGUGUUCAAGAGGCUCCAGCCUAGACUGUGGUGAGUCCGGUCUUCCGAGACCUCCUCACCCACAGCAGCGGACGCCAGCUUCUGGCUGUGUUCCUGACCCCCUGUGGGAUGCCCCUGCUGGCUAAGACCCUCUUCUCCUGGUUCACAAGUGGCCUGUGGGGCUCCUCUACUCUCUUCCUCUCCCUGCCCACCCCUCCUGGCCUCUGUGGCUCCAUUCCUCAUGUCUUCAGUA